ACAAAUUCUUCCGAAAUAUAUUGGUACCGAUAAAAAUUGAUUAGCCAUAUAUAGGUGUAUGAGUUAACCUUAAAAUAAAUCAAUUAAGACUUCUGAAUGUUUAAUUUUGAUGCAAGAUUUUUUUUUGGCAAUAUAAUGAGUUUACGUUUAACGUUUAAAUAAAUAAACUUCCAAUAUUUACAUUUAGGGUACUAGGUUCAUUUAUCAGUCAGAAUAUUUUUCACCUAGGCGAUUUUUAUACAACUGUUUCCGCACUCUUACGUCGACCCGUGCGCGUAAAUCAGUCAUAACAACGUAAAUAUUUCAUCGUAAUAUGCUCAUCUCAAUAAAUCAAUAAAAAAUACAUUCUAGAAUUGAAUUUCCAAGCUUAUAAUUGCAUCGUACGUAAAGAAGAUCACCGCAAUAGGGAUUUCCUAACUUUUGAUAUCUUCAUCCGCUCAUCGAUUCAAUUAGGGUUUAAAAAAGAAAAAAAAAAGAAGAUAACCUCGUCAUCAUUAUAUGAACCGCCAACUCCUUGACCCUUCGUUUAACAACGGCGUAGGAGUAAACAGUAAAGAUUCAUAAUCCUUAUGUAUCGGUUUUGGACACUUACGGGCAAUUAAUUAUGUCCUAAACUCGGUCAGGACUACGAUCAUUAAAAGCUAUCUGAUUUUUAAGGAUCAUAAUUUAUUUUGAUCAUUACAUCUGAAGAAGUUGUUAAUUAAUUAAUUAAGUUAAAGUUUUAAGUUGUGGAUCAAUGGCAGUUUGGCAAUCUCUGUCAAAGCGAUUUGAUAGAAAAUUGUUCAUUUUCUUCUUGUGUGUGAUCCUUCCAUUCGCAUUAUUACCUUUAGCACUAUCGGAUUAUCAGGAAACAAAAUGCUCAUAUGUUAUAUUAUUAGUCGCAUGCUACUGGCUUUUAGAGCCUGUCUCAAUUGCAGUGACUUCAUUGUUACCCGUGGUUUUAUUUCCUGGAUUAGGCAUCAUUAGUUCUUCUGAUGUUUGCAGCAAUUACAUGAAGGAAGCGUUCAUGAUGAUCAUUGGGAGUCUGAUUAUGGCGGUAGCUUUAGAGGAAUGCAGAUUGCACGAGAGAAUCGCUCUGAAAAUAUUAAUGUGGGUAGGUUCGGACAUUAAAUGGGUAAUGAUGGGUUUUAUGCUGACAACAAUGUUUCUUUCCAUGUGGGUGAGCAACACAGCGACUACUGCUUUAAUGGUACCCAUCGUCGAUGCAAUAUUAGAAAAACUACAGCCAUUGAAACAAACAAAUAUGCAUCUUAAAGGACUGAAUCUGGACUGUCCUUCAGAUCCAUCAUUAAUGGAGAGAAAGCAAAAUGAUGAGGACGAAGAAGUAGCUGAUGAUAAAGUGCACCAUUUGGAAGAAAGUUCCACUUUAAAAGUAACGCUUCUCUUAAGUGUUUGUUAUUCAGCAAAUAUUGGAGGAACUGGAACAUUAACUGGAACUGCUCCAAAUUUAGUACUGAAAGGAUUAAUGGACGUCCUUCAUCCUGAAAGCAACGAAAUAACUUUCGCGUCAUGGAUGUUUUACAACAUUCCUGGAAUGCUUAUCUGUGUUUUUAUAGGAUGGCUCUACUUGUGGAUGGUUUUUAUUAAGUUUUCAAAAUCAAACCUAAAUGUUUCUAAAGAAGAUAUUAAAGAUAUUAUUUCAAAGAGAUAUGCUGAUUUAGGACGACUUACAAUCCAAGAAGCGCAAGUCAUGAUCUUAUUUCUCAUAUUAAUUUUCUUAUGGGUAUUUCGAGAUCCCAAAAUUAUAAAUGGAUGGAUGGAUGCUCUUGGAACAAAAAGGAAAAUUGGUGAUUCAGCACCUGCUAUGGCUAUCGCUUUCCUGUUGUUUUUUCUGCCAUCCGAUAUCAGAAAUCCCAAGAGUAAAAAACUUUUUGAUUGGAAGACAGUUCAGGCCAAGCUGCCAUGGGGACUCAUCUUACUUCUUGGUGGAGGAUUUGCCUUGGCUGACGGUGCUCAGAAAUCAGGUUUGUCAAAGAUCAUUGGAGAAAAACUAGCUUCACUUCAAGUACUGCCACCUAUUGCAGUAGUUGCAGUACUUUGCUUUAUGACUACCAUGAUUACUGAAAUUGUGAGCAAUACGAGUACUGCCAAUAUAUUGCUACCUGUCUUCAGCCAAAUGGCCCUCGCAAUUGGAGUUAAUCCAUUAUCUAUUAUGCUUCCUGUAUCGGUUGUGUGCUCUUACGCUUUUAUGCUUCCUGUCGCAACUCCGCCCAAUGCAAUUGCGUUUGACAGUGGCAACAUGAAAACAAUUCAAAUGGCCAAGCCAGGAAUUGUUAUGAACAUAGUAUGCUGUGCAGUUCAAAUUUUAAUGAUCAACACUUUAGGAGUUGCUUUAUUUGAUCUAAAUAAUUUUCCCAGUUGGGCCAAUUCUACCAAAACUUUUGAUCCUAAGCUAUUAUUGACAUUCAACGCAAGUUUAAACACAUCAUCUACACUUUAGCAACGUCCAAACCAAUUUUACAAUUUUGUAUUACUUUUAUUUUUUAUAUUUCAGUAAUAAAAUAUUUGAAGAAAAAAUA